CAGAACUACGAAUUUGUUUGAAGCAAAGCCACUCGAACAGCGGUACCCGAGUGUAGCAUUCUCGUUUGCGUUUUCUAGUGUUUUCGUCUGCGGUGUGCACCUAUUGCCACUUACCGUCCGGUCCAACUACAGCCAAACAGCAACAACAUGGAUGUCCCAGUAGAUGCAAUGGAGAUGGCGCUGCCUCCGAUAGAGUCGUUCAAGAACUGCGAAUACCAUGUGCGUGUUUCGGGCACGACGGAACUCGAUCGCCGUGUUAUGUCAUUUGUGGAUAACCUGUGGGGAUUCGAGGUAACCGGUGGCGUGGACCAGUUCGAGCCGUUGACAGUGAUUUCGGUGAAACGCGAAGGUUUAGCCCGACGGGCUGGGAUUCGAGUGAACGAUAUCAUCACCAAGAUCAAUGAAACGCACGCCGAUAAGCUGACCCUAGCGCAGGCACAGGAACUGAUUGCUGAAUCUGGGCGAACGGUGAAAAUAUUCGUCAGCGGGGAAGUAGAGGAGGACAGCGAAGACGAGAUGACGGUCGACUUUUGGUUCAAACCUUAUGGUUUCUUUUUCUCAGUGGGUGAUGCCGAUCGGGCCAUGCUAGAUUGGGAAGCUCGGUUGCGCGCCAACCGAAACCCGGGCAAAUGGAAUGGUUUGUGGCCGUGGAAUGAUCGUAGAAAGUGUGUGUACAAGGAGUCUAACUGCUACCUGGUUCCGAGCGUAUCGGAAGAAAAGCGCGAACGAGAAAUGAAACUACGGGCAACCGAGGACCAGUACGAGAAGCAUUUGCAGCGUGAACGCGAGGAAGCGGAAAAGAAGGCCGAAGAGCAGCGCAAAAUCGAUGAGGCACGCCGCGAGGAAGAAGAACGCCGCGCUGAAGAGGAUCGUUUCCUUACGGCGUUCGAGGAGGAACAGAAGAAGCGCCAGGAGCAAGAGGCUGCCCCAAGGCUGCAGAGCGAAGCAAUCGAGCCGGAGCAAGUGCCGGCGGAUGCUGACGCAGACCGGUACAUCGAUGAACUGAUGGAACAGGAAAAGGACCUCGGCGAAGUCAGUACGGAUAUGAUUGAACCGGACGACAGCGGCACAGGUGAGGUGUGAGUUGUGCCGUGCCGUAACGUUGGCGAGGUGAUAAAAUAAGUCUUAAGAAUCGUUUACUGGCAUAUUUUAAAAAUGCGCUCCAAUCGCAAUAAAACUUCAAACUUU